AUGUUGGAGCAGGAAGGGACCAACCUGUCCAACGAUAUUGAUGUAAUUUCGCCGGCCUUAUAUUAGUCAUUGCAAGUGGUUUCUUUUGAACUGCAAGUGAGUUUUUGGUUUUCUUGCACUUUACACUUUUUGCUGUUCUACUUUCCGUUUUUUUCUGCAGAACCUCUACGCUUCUCCUGCUCUAACUUUCGCCCAUCGAAAUCCUGAGGUCACAGAAGUCUAUCGAGUAAGUUUUUUCUAAGCCAAAUCAUCCGAUUCACAUCACCUUUUUGACAGGAGAAAGUUGGCGUUGUGUUCCGAUAGUCCUCUAAUUUCCAUAGUCUACCGUUGUAAUUAUUGACUGUCUUCCAACAUAUUCACGCUGGUUUGUUUUUGCCUCACAUACCAUACAUAAGGAAGAUGCUAACAAGCUUUUCCCGCUAUAACAAAGUGUGCGCUUGGAUCAUCUAUACUAUCAAAAGUACUCUUUGACGUCAAAAUUUGACGAACUGCCACCUUAUCCAUGGAGUGAUUGACCCUCCGCGGUAAUGCUAGUCCAUUUAAAUGCCUAUUCGCUGUCUACUGAGCACUUUUCAAUUACCUCCGUCCAACGUCCAGCGAUUACCGGCGACCCAAAGAACCUGUAGCACUCUCAACGGCCACAUCCCGGAAGCCGCCUCAACUCCCUUUCCGAAGCAUUUGAGAGCAACUGCCGACGACUUUCCUCUCGAAUGUAACCAAACUACUGUGUGAAUUCUGAUUCGUUUAAAGUAGGCGAAUCAACCACGCGCUGUGUCGCGACAAGCUUACGGCGAGGUCUGCUAGCCCUGCUUUACGUCUCGUCAUGCUGACUCCGUCUUGGCACUUGAUGGCGACUGGCCGGUAAGGCUAUGGUUUGGGCUCACGAACUCCACCUUGAUAUACCAAUUUCAUGAGCUGUUCAUCGUCCCCGACGAAAUAGCCCUCCAAUGGCACGUUUGACGUAUUAUCGCGCAGUUUACAGUUUAUAAAAAGGGAGAUUGGUUGAGCGGCAGAAUCGCAUGUGUGGACUUCCAAACUCGUGCAGAAGCCCGCCCUCUAGCCUCGCUCUAAUGAUAUAACGUUGAAUCAGAGUACCCUUCCUUGAGGCCUCCGGCGUCUUGUGAGAACUUUGCAUACUUUGGGGUAAAUAUUUUGGACAUGCUUAAAUUAUCCUGUCAUCUGGUGCUCUGCAGCUGCUAGACUUAACUGCAGUUUCUUGUUUUUUUUUGAGAAAAAAAGUGGAUUACGUGUUCUUCUUCGCGUUUUAGAAUCUGCUGAUUUUGAAAGCCACCAGUCAGGCUGCAAUAAAGUCCCUGAGGAAAUGUUUGACUAGUAUCCAGUCUAGCGGCUUAAAUGUUGCAGCAACUGACGUAAGUUACUUUUACUUUUCAACCUGUCCCCCAAAGUCUGUCGUAAAAGUGGUUCCAAAUGCCUCAAAACAGGCCCAGCCUAUGGUAUAAAAAUAAAGGGGCCCAUAGCCCACACAUGAU